AUUUUUUCGAAGAUGGUGAAGACACGCCCAGCACUCCUUCUUUCCCUCCUCACCCUCGCCGCCACCGCCACAGCCUUCAGUCCCUACGAGCGUGGCCCUCACAACACCACACACUUCCACAUCAGCACCGCAGACAACCCUGAGCUGGUGGAGGAGGUGGAGGUGUGGGUGCCUGUCAAUGUUGGCCUUUACAACGUUUUCUAUUUCCUCAGUGGGUUAGGAGGGACCAUUCCAGCUACAACUUAUAAUGAGCUAUUCCACCAUAUGGCCUCCCAUGGGGUAGCUGUGCUGGCCCCCUGGAGCCUCAGCCUGCCCGUGAACCCCGUGGACAAGGUGCCGUACCUGGAGUCUGUGAUGGAGUGGGUUGGCCAAAACCUUCAGGAACAGCUUCAACUAAACGGACUGAUGAUGGGUGUGGUGCUAAAUCUGGACAACUAUGUGUUGGGCGGACACUCAGCAGGGGCGCACGUACAAGUGGAGUACCUGAAGAAGAGCUGCGGGAGGGUGACGGGGCAGGUGUGGCUGAGUCCUGUGGAUGGCAUGGAUCCUGCAGGACUCAUCCCGAUCUUCUGUAUCAAACCUGGCACCUUCCUCAACUAUGGCACCCCGACACUCCAUCUGGCGGCUGGAUACGAUACAGUGCCUGGAGCAUCUGGGUUUGCAUGCGCGCCAGAUAAACUCAGCAACGACAGAUUCUACAACGCCAUGGACACAGAGCUGGCCCCGAAGUGGUCUAUCGAGUCUACACGAUUCGCCCACGCUGACUUGCUGGACCAGACUUUUAUAGACAUCGUGGAAGCGACUGCGUUCUGUGGCCACAACUCUGAAUUGACCAAGGAAGAGCAUGAUGUGUAUAGGAGAUUUGUUGGUGGACAGAUUGUUGCGUUUGUUAAUGCUCUGUACACGAUAGACGAGGAUCAAUGCAACUCUUACCUGUCCUACCUGGAAGACCCCUCGCUAAUGAGUGUCCAGGUGAAGGUGAAGCACAGUAACCCUACAGGCAGGUGUCCCAAGGCGUCCUGCGAGUGGUUCCAUCCUUAAGGACAUCUGGGACACUUAUAGAAGGACUGGGAAGUGUCUGUGUAUGUGUGUGUGUGUGUGUGUGUGUGUGUGUGUGUGUGUGUGUGUGUGUGUGUGUGUGUGUGUGUGUGUGUGU